AUGUCCAGUAACCAAAGACCUUUGGCGUCGCAACACGCCGACGCCGUUGUAGCCCUGGCCCUUUUGAAGGAGGCGUUGGCUUCUCCUCCUUCAAUUGGGGAGCCGCCCAUCGCUACACACUCUCGCAAAAAGCCACGAAAACCGAAAAAAGGAAAUGAACUCUCUGCAUCAGCUUUUCGUCCUCACGUUCUUGCACGCGACCGCCUCCGCUUAUGGUCAGCGCCUCACUCAGAUUCUUUUCGCUUGUCCGCCCUCGAACAAUUGCCUUUAAAUGACGUUCUGCAGCUUUUUGACGUCAUGUUGGUCUCUAUAGAGACAAAAACAAGAGAAAACUAUGGUGCUGGUCUACUGCGGUUUCACCAAUACUGUGAUUCGAGGCACAUACCAGAAUAUCGUCGUAUGCCAGCAUCUGAUUUUCUCUUAGCCUCCUUCGUCGCAUCUUGGGCCGGAAAGGUCGCAGCCACAACAGCACAAAACUGGUUAGCUGGCUUGCAUUUUUGGCACAAUCUUCACGGCGCCCCGUGGUUCGGACAUAGCAUUCUCCGUUCGGCCACCGCAGGUCUUGCAAAAGUCGUACCUGAAUCAUCGAAACGACCUCGUCGUCCCCCUGUAACUCUAGAACAUAUGCAUGCUCUUUUUCGCGGUCUAGACCUUUCCAACGCGUUUGACGCGUCUGUUUUUGCAGUCGCCUGCACCGCAUUCUGGUCUUGCUGCAGGCUCGGAGAACUCAUCAUUGUUAGCACGAGCCUUUUUGAUCCUUCACGUCACGUUUCUCGCUCUUCCCCUUUUACUCGUCGUUCACCUCCGGACGGUGUUAAAUAUUCCGUAUUGCACAUUCCUUGGACGAAAACAUCGCACGUAGAAGGAGCAGACAUCAUCAUUUCCAGUCUAGACGACAUUACAAACGCAUACACGGCCAUUAACCAUCAUCUCACUGCUAAUGCAGCAGUUCCUCUCGACGCACCUUUCUUCGCAUUUGAAACAUCAGAAGGUGGAUGGGCAGCGAUGACCAGACCUUGGUUCUUAGCGCGUUGUAAUGAGAUUUGGAGGUUGGCCAACCUGUUGGAACUAACAGGUCAUUGUUUUCGCAUUGGUGGAGCAACGGAACUUCUUCUACGCGGAGUACCACCAGACGUCGUCGCUGUUCAAGGUCGAUGGAAGUCAAGAGCUUUCUUAGAAUACUGGCGCAAGAUAGAAUCGAUUUUACCACUUUUUGUUACAUCAUCAUUCUCAGACUCACGUACUGCUAUGGUUAAUUCGUCAAUGGACUCGUACGCACGUCGUUAUAGUUAA